AUGUCCUUAAAUAAUAAAGAUAUCGGUGCUCUUAUUGUUGAUUUCUUAUCCACUAUCAUCGAAAAGAAUGAAGUUUCUGAAGAUAAUGCCGACUCAUUAAAUGUUGCCAUGGACUGUAUCUCUGAAGCUUUAGAAUUUGAUCGUGAAGUUGUUCCAGAAACUAUAAAGAACAAAUUUAAUGGUAAGACCUUAGUUGAUAUCCUAAACACUACUUCUACCGCUACUGCUAAUACCACGAUUGAAAAGGAAGAAUCGGUCGAAGUCAAUAUUCCAGUCGAAGAUGCUGAAAUUAAAGCUAAUGCUGAAGCCUUCAAAUUGGAAGGUAAUAAGGCUAUGGCUAUGAAAGAUUUCCAUUUGGCUGUCGAAAAAUAUACUGAAGCUAUUAAGAUUUUACCUACUAAUGCCAUCUACUAUGCUAACAGAGCUGCUGCUCAUUCAUCUCUCAAGGAAUUUGAAGAAGCUAUUAAAGAUGCUGAAUCUGCUAUCAAGAUUGAUCCAUCCUACUCAAAGGGUUAUUCAAGGUUAGCAUUCGCGAAGUAUGGAUUAGGUAAACAUGAAGAAGCUCUAGAAUCAUAUAAAAAAGUUUUAGACAUCGAAGGUGAUAACGCCACUGCAGGUAUGAAGAGAGAUUAUGAGACUGCAAAGAAGAGAGUUGAAGAAUCAAUGAACGUGGAAAAGUCAAAGACACCAGAACAAGGACAAGGACAACAACAAACUAAUGAGUCAGCCCAAGGAAAUGCUCCUAAUCCAUUUGCAGGAGGUAUGCCAGACAUGUCUUCCUUAUUUGGUGGUGCUGGUAUGGGUGGUGGUUUAGGUAGUCUCUUAAGUAAUCCUGAUUUUAUGUCUACUGCACAAAAACUAAUGUCUGACCCUAAUGCUAUGCAACAGGUGCAAUCUAUGAUGUCUGAUCCAAGCAUGAGAGAUUUAGCAAAUAAUUUCAAAAAUGGUAAUACUGACAUGAACGAUAUAAUGAAUAACCCUGCCAUUAGAAAUAUGGCAAGCAACUUGUUUAAGGGAAACCCUUCCGAAGAAAAUCAAGAUAAACAAUAG